GGCUGCUCGUUGGCUACUUAGGACGGAAGCUCGGUGGGUGAUUCUCCAGAAGUUUCCCCCUAGGGCGGCGGCGGCGGCGCUGGUAACCCCUGGAAGAGCAGCUCCGGCAGCGGGAACCGUGACGAUUAGAGAUGGCGGCGGCGGCGGCGGGUCCUGCGGCUGCCGCGAGGUUGUUCCGGAGCUUCUCAGAUGCCCUCAUCGAGCAGGACCCCCAGGCGGCGUUAGAGGAGCUGACUAAGGCUUUGGAGCAGAAACCAGAUGAUGCAGAGUAUUACUGUCAAAGAGCUUAUUGUCACAUUCUUCUUGGAAAUUACAGUGAUGCUGUUGCUGACACAAAAAAAUCCCUUGAACUUAAUCCAAAUAGUUCCACUGCUCUGCUGAGAAAGGGGAUAUGUGAAUACCAUGAAAAAAACUAUGCUGCUGCUCUAGAAACUUUUACAGACGGACAGAAAUUAAAUAGUGCAGAUGCUGAUUUCAUUGCUUGGAUUAAAAGGUGUCAAGAAGCUCAGAAUGGAUCACAGCCUGAGGUGCCUGCAUCCCAGAGGACUCAUCAGUCAAAAAUUAAGUAUGACUGGUAUCAAACAGAAUCUCAAGUAAUCAUUACACUUAUGAUCAAGAAUGUUCAGAAGAAUGAUGUAAAUGUGGAAUUUUCAGAAAAAGAGUUGUCUGCUUUGGUGAAACUUCCUUCUGGAGAGGAUUACAGUUUGAAACUGAGACUUCUUCAUCCUAUAAUACCAGAGCAGAGCACGUUUAAAGUACUUUCAACAAAGAUUGAAAUUAAAAUGAAAAAGCCAGAGGCUGUCAGAUGGGAAAAGCUAGAGGGGCAAGGAGAUGUGCCUAACCCCAAACCAUUCGUAGCAGAUGCAAAAAACCUAUAUCCAUCAUCAUCUCAUUAUACAAGAAAUUGGGAUAAAUUGGUCGGUGAGAUCAAAGAAGAAGAAAAAAAUGAGAAGUUGGAGGGAGAUGCAGCUUUAAACAAAUUAUUUCAGCAGAUCUAUUCAGAUGGCUCUGAUGAAGUGAAACGUGCCAUGAACAAAUCAUUUAUGGAGUCUGGUGGUACAGUUUUGAGUACCAACUGGUCUGAUGUAGGUAAAAGGAAAGUUGAAAUCAAUCCUCCUGAUGAUAUGGAAUGGAAAAAGUACUAAAUAAAUUAAUUUGUUAUCACUGUAUUGUGUAUAUUCA